CGUUUGAGACUUUCACGCGGUGGUGUUCAUAGUUUGCUUCUAAGCGUGUCCUUACUGCAAGCCGUCCUACAACGUGCCGUCUGCGCUUUGCACGGCUUAAGAGUUCUGCACUCCUCGAGGAUGAGCAGACCUUCACACCCACACACCCUCUGUUGCCCUUGCGAUACCUCGUAUCUCCUGCACGUCCUCACACAUCACGCUAGUAUUAAUCCAACCGUCAUAUCGAGGCACAAUGGCACCUCACAUCAAGUUCACUUCCUUUGGCAUUCCCUACCUCGCCAACAUCACUUUCCGACGAAAGAAACGUAGUUCCAAGUCCGUAUACUCAAACGCGGAGUUCUCGGACAGCGACUGGACGUUCGCCUCAGCUUCGUCUGACACACUCGCAUAUCCCGCUAUAGACAAGUCCCACAUCGAGGAACAGGGCCUGUACGUCUGUUUUGCGGCGUAUGCAGAUCUACCUCCGCGGCCGCUCUCGCCUACGCGGGCCAUGCGUCUGAAACAUCGCAUCGCAAGCGCAGUUGUCAGGGCGGGGAUGGGUUACGCAGGGGAUGCAGAGGCAGCGGACCCGAUUGACUGCGCAUUGAGGGAACGAGGCGCAUUGCCACCAGUGCCCGUCAGCACACUGUACACGGGCACGUAUGGGCAGGUUUGGGAUGCUUUUGAAGCUGCAGGCUUGGUUGCCAGGACAUGCGACGAGGCUGGGUUCCCGAACGGUAGGACAUCAUUUUGCCUUUCCCACUGGUGCGGUGGCUCACCUUCUCAGCCACACGACUAGGUACAAUGUUUGUCGUGAGACAUACACCUGUGAGGUCUAUACAACUCGUCAAGCUCACUUUAUGGGCAUGAUAUGGUGCGUCAUAUCGGACUAGCACGGUCAUAUUUCUCUGAAUGAUGUCUAGACUUUUCUGUCUCUAGCGCGAGUCCGCUUCCUCAAUAAAAGACACAGCAGUGCUGCAAACCAAUGUUGUAUUAUAAGAUCUGUCAGUCCUGUAUCUUUAUUAUGUAAUUCUAUGCCCGCCCGUAUGCAAUAGAUAUUGCGCAAGAAUGUCGUAGGCUCGAUACCAGCCACCCUGGCC